CACGCAGGGAGACUUCCGGCUCCAACUGCUCUGGGCUUAGACUGACUGGGAGGGUCCCGCAGCGCUGCGAUGGUGCUGCUGGAGAGCGAGCAGUUCCUGACGGAGCUGACCAGGCUCUUCCAGAAGUGUCGGUUGUCGGGCAGCGUGUACAUCACUUUGAAGAAGUAUGAUGGUCGAACUAAACCCGCACCGAGGAAGGGUUCUGUGGAGGGCGUUGAGCCCUCAGACAACAAAUGUCUGUUGAGAGCAACGGAUGGGAAAAAGAAGAUCAGCACAGUGGUGAGCUCCAAAGAAGUGAAUAAGUUUCAGAUGGCUUAUUCAAACCUAUUGAGAGCUAACAUGGAUGGGCUGAAGAAGAGAGACAAAAAGAGCAAGAGUAAGAAGAGCAAAACAGCGCAGUGAAGGGCACUGAAUUCCCUGCUUUUACCAAACCACUGAACUACUAUUUUUCCUUUUGUUUAUAGUUUUUUCCAUAAAUCUAGGUUUCUGGCUCCCCCAUUGAUAACUGGUUUCAUGCGAUAUUAGCAUUAUUUUGGAGAGAAGAAAGGUUGCAGUGUUUGUAAGGUAGUUGUGGUAAGAAACUAGUUUAUUUCAUAUCUGUGGUGCAUGGUUAUAUAGUCCUAAAUUAUAGUUUAAAAAAGUUUCUGUAGUCAUCUCUGUGAAGAGCAACAUAUCAUUAAACACCUGUUUAUCAGCA